GUCAGAACCGGAAGCGAGUGUUGCACCGUACACGCGUGUUCACCACAGUAGACUGAAGUUCGGUUUGAUGCUCCUUCAUUGUUGGUGGAUGGGUGGUGAUGAUGGCGAGCAGUGUGGGCAGGUUGUGUUUUGCUCAUAAGUCUGUUCUGGCCCCUAUGGUGAGGGUGGGCACUCUUCCCAUGAGACUGCUGGCUCUGGACUAUGGAGCAGAUAUUGUGUACUGUGAGGAGCUGAUUGACAUCAAAAUGGUCCAGUGUGAGAGAGUGGUAAACGAUGUGUUGGAGACGGUUGAUUUUGUUGCUCCAGAUGAGCGUGUGAUGUUUCGCACCUGCAGUAAAGAGAAGGGUCGUGUCGUCUUCCAGAUGGGAACGGCUGAUCCAGAGAGAGCGCUGGCUGUGGCUAAACUUGUGGAAAAUGAUGUGGCGGCUGUGGAUGUGAAUAUGGGCUGUCCCAAAGAAUACUCUACAAAGGGAGGAAUGGGUUCGGCACUUCUCUCUGACCCUGAGAAAAUUGAAGCUAUUCUCAGCACUCUUGUGAAUGGAAUUUCAAAACCCGUUACAUGUAAAAUCAGAAUCCUCUCUACACUUGAGGACACUGUGAAUUUAGUGAAGAGGAUUGAAAAAACAGGAGUGGCGGCCAUAGCGGUGCACGGCAGGAUGAAAGAAGAGAGGCCACGCCAUCCAGUCCACUGUGAUUAUAUCCAGGCUGUGGCUGAGAGUGUGUCCAUACCCGUCAUCGCCAAUGGAGGCUCUUCAGACAUAGUGAAGACGUUCGAGGACAUCGAGAAGUUUCGAGAGGCGGCAGGAGCGUCGUCUGUCAUGCUCGCUCGGGCGGCCAUGUGGAAUCCCUCCAUCUUCCGGGAGCAGGGGGCGCUGUCUGUGGAGGAGGUGAUGGAGGAGUACAUCAAAUAUGCUGUUCAAUAUGACAAUAACCCGUUUAACACCAAAUACUGCUUAUGCCAGAUGCUCAGAGACAGAGUUGAGUCUCCAUUUGGAAAACGCUUACAUGCAGCUCAGACUAAUGAAGAAAUAUGUGAGGUGUUUGGAAUGACUGACUUCUACAAAAAAACCACAGCUGAACUGGAGGCUAGAAAAGCUGCUCUACAAACAAACGGUGAUCAGUCAGAGCACCCAGAACUGAUAGAUGAUGUCAUCACAAUGCCUGUCCGGUUCGAAAGGCGAGAUUACCCUCCUCAGAUCACACCCAAGAUGUACCUGCUGGAAUGGAGCCGCAAAGAAAAGCUCGAGCAACCUGUGUAUGAGACGGAACAGCGAACUCAAGAUCGAGGGUUUCAGUCUACAGUUAUUGUGGACAAUAAGAAGUACCGCUCUACCCUGUGGGAGAAAUCGAAGAAGUUUGCAGAGCAGGCCGCAGCGAUCGUGUGUUUACGCACCCUCGGGCUUCCAGAGGGUCGGAUCGGAGAGGAGCACAGCGGCCUGGUAAAUAAACGCAAGAGGGACGACAAAAAAUGUGCAGCGCUAGAUGACAAUGAGUCAGCAGCACGAAAGAGACAUAUAAGCGAAGUCCCACAGGAAGAGGAAGAGGAAAUGAUAUGCAGGACGAAAGUUGUGAAUGGUGUCUGUGGUCAGACCACACGUUAAACAUCCAUCUGAACUCGCUGUAAAAGACAUUUCAUUCCUUUUCAUUACACUGCGCAAAGUGCCAUUUUAUCUGACAAACAAUCUGACACAACAGUGCAGUGCACUUUGUGUUUGCUUUUAAGUUUGUUCAGUUCAGUGUUCCCUUUACAGGUGCCAUCUCUGUCUUAUUGCACACUAGUGCUGGACUGUAAUUUGCUUGAUCCCACUGUUUGUGCAUGGAGGAAGACUCUUAAAUACACUUUUAACAGAUUUUGACAGAUUUUCACCCUUCACCAGAAGGGUGCAGUGUAUCUCCAAGUACUUGCAGUACAAAAAGUGCCAGAGGUACCGUAACCAUGAAACUUUAUUUAUUUUAAGUAUUUUAUCUUUAUUUCUUUCUUCUUGUUUUCAGCCUUAUUGCAAAAUAAAUCAUUUUAACUAUG